CCCCCCCUUCCAGACGGCGGCGCCUGCGUAGCAAUGGUAGGCAAAGACUGCGUAGCCAUAGCCUGCGACCUCCGCCUCGGCCUCCAAGCCCUCACCGUCUCCAACAACUUCCCCAAAAUCUUCCAAUACGGCGACAACGUCUUCCUCGGCCUCACCGGCCUCGCCACCGACGUGGCCACCGUCUCGGACCUCUUCCGCUACAAAGUAAACAUGUACCGCCUCCGCGAAGAGCGCCAGAUCGCCCCCCGCACCUUUGCCAACCUUGUAUCUUCCUCCCUGUACGAGCGCCGCUUCGGUCCGUGGUUUGUCUCCCCCGUCGUUGCGGGGCUGGACCCCAAGACGGGCCAGCCAUUUAUCUGCGGGUUUGAUAGUAUUGGGUGCAUUGAUUUUGCAAAGGACUUUAUUGUCAGUGGGACGGCGACGGAGCAGCUGUUUGGCAUGUGUGAGAGUUUGUGGGAGCCGAAUCUUGGCCCUGAUCAGCUUUUCGAGACGAUUUCCCAGUCCCUUCUCAACGCCGUCGACAGAGAUGCCCUUUCCGGUUGGGGUGCUCAUGUGUACAUUAUUGAGAAGGACAAGGUGACCAAGAGACUGCUCAAGGGACGGCAGGAUUAG